UUAUAAUUACAGCCACCUUGGCAGGACCCCAGCGCACAGGGAACAGGUUUCAUAGACAUAGGUUCAAUUCCAAUAGAUCGCUACUACCGGAAACGGAAAGCCUUGGGCAGGCUGGCGAUUGGACGCGGAGCCGGAAGCGGAAGCUGAAAAUUGCGUUUGGUGGCUCCCGAUAUGGCUGAGGCGGUGGGUGUUGUGGCCGAAUCCCUUGCGGGAGACAGGGCACGGGCGGCGCGCACUGUGCUAGAUCAGGUGGUGCUCCCGGGUGAGGAACUGCUGCUGCCCGAGCAGGAGGACGCUGAAGGCCCAGGAGGUGCUGGGGAGCGACCGCUGCGCCUGAAUGCGGGGACGCGCUCCCGGGGGCGCGUUGUGUGCGGCCCGGGCUUGCGGCGCUAUGGCGACCGCCUGCUGGUCACCAAGUGCGGCCGCCUACGUCACAAGGAGCCCGGCGGCGGCAGCGGCGGUGGCGUGUACUGGGUGGAUUCACAGCAAAAACGGUAUGUCCCAGUGAAAGGAGACCAUGUGAUCGGCAUAGUGACAGCUAAAUCUGGAGAUAUAUUCAAAGUUGAUGUUGGAGGGAGUGAGCCAGCAUCUUUGUCUUACUUGGCAUUUGAAGGUGCAACUAAAAGAAACAGACCAAAUGUGCAGGUUGGAGAUCUCAUCUAUGGCCAAUUUGUGGUUGCUAAUAAAGAUAUGGAACCAGAGAUGGUCUGUAUUGACAGCUGUGGACGAGCCAGUGGAAUGGGUGUGAUUGGACAGGAUGGUCUUCUUUUUAAAGUGACUUUGGGCUUAAUUAGAAAGCUCCUGGCUCCAGACUGUGAAAUCCUACAGGAAUUGGGAAAACUCUACCCACUAGAGAUAGUAUUUGGAAUGAAUGGAAGAAUAUGGGUUAAGGCAAAAACCAUUCAGCAGACCUUAAUUUUAGCAAACAUUUUAGAAGCUUGUGAACACAUGACAGCAAAUCAAAGAAAACAGAUCUUCUCCAGAUUGGCAGAGAGUUAGAUGGAAUUUUUUAUGGGUCAGUUGACCCAAGAGACCAUGGGUUUCCUGGGGAAAAAUUUUUCAGGGGAACCUCUCCCCAUUAAACAUUCAGAAGACAAAAUGUGAAUAUACAUAUUGUCUUAAUUAAAGUCCUAAAUAAAAUAUUUUUAUAAAAAUGUUACUAGUUGCCACCCAUGUUCUUGUGGGUGAGAAAAAUCAUUAUAAAAUAAUGAUGUAUUUUUUUCUUUACAAUAAAGUUUACUAAAAGUA